GUUGGAGAGCAGGUUCGGAAGGUGAUGCUGGGGAGGUGGCGCGUCUUCUGGCCACCGUGGUUGCAGUAGCUGGUUUCGGCUGGCGGGUUGGCGGCGAUGGGGAGCUUGUUGCAGUUCAUGAAGCUGGUGGGUCAGCUGAAGAGAGUACCACGGACAGGCUGGGUAUACAGAAAGAUACCCAAUCCAGAGAGUGUCUCAGAUCACAUGUACAGGAUGGCGGUCAUGGCUAUGGUAACUGAAGAUAAAACACUGAAUAAAGACAGGUGCAUACGACUAGCCCUAGUUCAUGAUAUGGCUGAAUGCAUAGUUGGUGAUAUUGCUCCUGCUGACACUGUUUCCAAAGAGGAGAAACACAGGCGAGAAGAGGAAGCUAUGAAACAUUUGACUGAAUUGCUGUCAGAAGAUCUGAAAAAAGAAAUUUAUGAACUAUGGGAAGAAUAUGAACACCAGUCUAGUGCAGAAGCAAGAUUUGUGAAAGAGCUAGAUCAGUGUGAGAUGAUACUUCAAGCCUUAGAGUAUGAAGAAUUAGAGAAAACACCUGGGAAACUUCAAGAUUUUUAUGACUCAACUGCAGGGUCCUUAGCAAUCACUACCCCGUUUGAACAAACUAUGCCGUCAGGAUGCUCUGAUCAAAAUAAAAUUAAGUUUCAAAUCAGACUGCAAAAAGAAAAGAAAAGAAAAAAGAAAACAUGAUGAUAUAUCCUUUUCAUAAAAUGAAAUGUGUGAACUAUGCAGGAACAUAUAUUAAUCUUACCCAAGUGAAUGUGACCUGGAACAGCAGCGUAAGAAAAAAUCAAGGAGAGUUAAACACAAAUAUAUAGUUACAGAAAGCUUCUGUCAAACCCUGAACUGGAAUAUUUAAUACCAUAAGAGUGUUUAAGCAAUAUUUAGGUACAUUAGACUGAUUUUGUAUUAAGUUACUCGGUAUGCAUGCUUCACUCAGAAACUUGCACAUUAAUAGGCAACAAGUAAAGUGGAGUCCAGAAGAGAGAUGGCUGAUAGGGAUAUGUGGAAAGAGUUCAUCAUUGGAAGAUCUAAGAAAACAUCAACAGUAUUAUCUCCAAGCACUAGAACUAUUGUGAAUUUGCUGUUUUCCUUUAAGUAAAAUAUAUUAACCUCACCCAUAAAAGUUAGACAUGCUUAAAGGUGGGAAAAUAAAUAGUGAUUUCAUACAGCCGUUUGUUCAGUUGAAAUUGGCUUGACUCUUUUGCCUGACCUGAGCAUGUGCACAGGCAAUGUUCAUGAAGGUGGACAUUGUCAAAAAAUAUCUGAUCAGCAGCGUGCCUCUAAGUCUGCUUCUGCAAUGAACCACCAGUUGCAAUCCCAAACUGGGCUGAUAAUAAGUACAUAAUCCAGUUUGAAAACUAGCCCAAAAGGGGCUGUUGGUUAAUCAUAGGAUUCUACAUAAUCCAUUCCUGGUCACUGAGGUCUUACUAUUUCAUGCACAAUUCCAUGUGCAUAGAAUUCCUUAACACAGAUAGUCCUGGCUUAGUUCUUAGAGUAGUGGAAUAUAAUAUUACAUGUAUAAUUCUCCCUGAAAACAGUUUAAAAAAGCAGUAUGUCCAAAGAGCAAAAUAUAUGUUCAUGUUCUAAACAGAAAGGUGAAUAAAACUCUGGAGCCAAUCCACUGAAGUUUGCAUGCAGCACCAAAAAACAGUUAGCUAUUUCUACAUUGUCCAUGCCUAUUUUUGGACAAAGCAAUUAGAUUUCUAGUUUCUUACAGUAACUGAUUGCUAAAAACUGGUCCGCAAAAGCCCUAUCAACAUUAGCUUUUGCAACACCAUGCUCUCAUGGUAAGUCUUCAUCCUGAAGGCACAACAGUUUUAAGAAAUGCACACUCUGGAUGAUUUACUUGUGUAUAAGCACCAACGAAUUAAUGAGACUAACCUCUAAGUGAACACAGGACUGCGUUAUGAAAAAUUAUCUAAUGGCCUGCUUCCAUGACUGACAGCACUUCUUCAUUACUUUUCAUGACUUCAGCCAUAAUAGGUCAGCUACAAACAACAAUGCGUUAUGUAAUGACCUUUAUGGACAUGUAUGUACAGGCAGCCCAAUGGGGUGGGAGCACUGCUCGGUAGUGUUGCAGCAUCUGAGCACUAAAUGAAGUUAACAGUUGCCCAUUCAAAGUAAUAAGCAAUAGUUUCUUGCUCUGGAUUUCUUCCUUAACUCCCAGAAAGAUAACCAAUCUGCAAAUAGCCCUCCAGCCUUCCUGCAUAAUUACAUUUUUCCAAAAUUCUUUGGUACUUGUUCUUCACAGGUGCCCAGCCAACAAGAAGACCAAAUGUUAUUGGUUAACAAAGUUGUCAGGAAGCUAGGCUGUGAUCAAGAAGCUUAUUAAUAAAAUAUAUUUUCUGAUCUAUUUCAGUUUUCCAAACUAUCCAAAAUUUAAUUUGUUCUCAACUUCUUUCUCUUGUUUUAUAAAUAAGGGAAGGUAAGCAUUUAACAUUAUUAAUACAAGAAUAAAAUGGCAUGGUUCAUAUAACAAAGUGUAAAAUCUAGAUUUUAGUCUAGAGAAAAAUUAAACAUCUUAUGUUCACACUCUUUAUUGUGUUUAUUUUUGGUGUUCAGACAGACAAAAGGUGCUCUAUAGCAUUUGCUAAGUAUCACAGCCAUGCACUAGCCUAAAGUGACAUGGAAGCAAAAGGUAAUUUUUAUUGUGCACACUGAAAUACACUUUAUUUAUAAAGCAGCAUCAAUAUAAAUCAUGAUGCUUUGAAGAGAAACACCAAGCAUAAAAGACAAAUUUUAGCCAUGAGAUAGUACCUAUGAAAGAAAGCAAAGGGAAAGAAAGGGGCAGACAACGAGAAGAACAGAUAAACGGCUAAGGCAAAGUCAAGGUGUAACACAAGUAAAUGCAGUUAAUCACUGGCUUUGUUUCACUUGGGAAUGAAGAUAUACAAAAUGCCAGCACAAAUAUCUAAUAAAGAAGCCUUAGAUUUAGUAGAAGUAACAGCCAUAGGAUUGUUCUCUAACUCUAUUAAAGUCAUCAUGAAGUUUUGCACUGACACCAGUGAAAGAUAGGUUGCAACUAUACAACCAAAUUAGAUGUGACAAUUCAUGAUUAGGAUUUUUUUUUGUAAAAGUAACUGGCAGUACAGAAAUGGAAAAAUAAAAAUAAAAGCUCCAUAUUACUACUUUGAAGAUUUGGAAAUAGAUUUCUGGAAGACAGUGUUUAAUCCUUUCAUUCUGUUCCUUCCUCCAGUGUAAAUUCCUCUUUCCCACCCCAAAACAUGCUAUUAUAUCACUGGUAGGUGGGAUGGAGGUUGGACAGGUACAGAUGUUAGACAAGUUGCCUUGCAGCCCUGCAAAUCAGGAGGAAAAGAGCUCAUUGCUGUGCUAUAGAGGACAUAAUCAGCACUUUCUUCUACUUCUAAAUGCCAUAUGACAAAAAUGGAUUUCAUUGGAAAGGAUGUCCUGAAUUUCUGAACAAAUUUACCUUUCUUUGCAAAAAGUGUUCUGUUGAAAUCAUGGAAAGGACAACGGAAGAUGUUGGAUUGUUUUGUAGAAGUGCUUGUUACUAUCUAGUAUUCCUUGAAAAUGUGAUAAAAUAAUAAAAAUCACUGUAUUGGUAUUUCCACGAAUAGCUUGGAGGCAAGAUUCAAAAGAUUUCCAUCUCUAAAAUUCCAUUUACAAAAAGAAUUAGGUUAAUGGAGUUUUUGUGGGCCUACUUAUACAUUUUCUAGUGCUAUUUAGCAAAUGAGAUUCCAACAUGUAAUCUCUUUGGUUUCUCUGGCAUGCUGCCAGAUUUUAAAUCAGGAAUACAUCUUAACAAGCUGUCUUUCAUUUCCUUUAUGAAAAAAUAGGAAUAAGGGAAAGUUGGCUUAGUCAUGAGCCCAUUCAAAUCUUGUAACGCUGUGCAUUAAAAAACAGGAGAAAGCUCAAUUUCCCUCUGGAAAUUGUUCCAAGUUCUGUACCUCAUAUCGCCAAACUUCUUGCUGAUGGCUGUUCCAACAUUGUUGAUUGCUGCUGUGGCUUUUUGCCCUGCCUGAGUCAGAGUUUCUUGGGUCUUCUUAUAUCUGUGAUUAAAUACAGCACAGUAUAAGCAGCAAUACUUACAGAAGUCAAAAUUCAUUCAUAAGGCAUUUGCUUAUUAUACUGCUGGUCACAACACUACCAUUCUGGUAUCAGAAUGGAGACUGCUGUACAUUAAACUCACUUGCAAGAACAUUAUAAAAUCAGUGCAUACUUUUAAAAUAGGUUGCCAACUUUUUUAGCCUUCUAGAUAUGUUCCAGUUUACAUGCAUCAAGAAGCUCAUCCAUCACAAAGCAAGUCAUUGCAAUAAAAUAAUAAUUUUAUGGAAGCAUUCCUCAAAAAGAUUGCUGAGGACAUGCAAGGGAGAAAGGGUCCUUUGCUCUUCUUCCCCUAAAGUCUGUCCUCUCACU